UAUCGUCUAGUUAUAUCUACCCACCACCAUCUCUCUUCUCUUCUUACUCAAAAUGCUUUUUUCCUUCCCUUCCAUUAUCACUCAAGAUCAUCUCUGUUAUGGGCAAGUUUUUUUUUCCCCUUCCUUCCAUUAUCAGUUAUUUUUUGCUUGAUUUCUUUCUUUCUUUCAUUAUAAAGCUGCCCUUUUAGUAUUUAUUCUGUAAAACCUGAGAAACAACAACUUUUUUAGAAAUGGGUAGAAAAACAAGUAGAGAUUUAGAGAGUGAGUUAACCAGAGCAGAGGAAGAAAGUGAACACUGGAAGGUAACUUGUUUGGUUCUAAGACACCACUACACUGACCUGAAAAACAAGUAUAUAGAGUGUAAGGAACAACAAGUUAAGAAGAAAGGGUUUGAGGGGGGUUUUGAGAAGAAGAAAGAAAUUUCAGAAUUAGAUGGUGAGGAUGCUAAUGUGAUAGUCUACAAGAGGAGGAGAAAGAAUAGAGACAUCAAGGAAGAUGAUGAGCUAAGGGACAAAUGUGAGUGUGUUCAUCUCAAAUGGGAAAUUGAUGCUUUGAAGUACGAGAAACAAAAAGCAAUUGAGGAAAUUGAAGGUUUACAAAAUGAGUGUUUGGAUUUGGAGGUUCAGGGGGACUUACUUAAGAUGAGGUGUAAACAAUUGAUAAAGAAGACAGUGGUUAUAGAGAAGGAAGCAAGUGAAAGAGAGAAGAGCCGACAAGAGAGGAUUAAUUGUCUGGAGAAGGAAUGUGUUCAGCUCAAUAGAGAGGUUGAGUAUUUGAAGUUGGGGAAGAAAAGAGAUGCUGGUGAAAUUGAGGAUUUGAGAAUGAAAGUUAUGGAAUUGGAGAUUGAAGAAACCGUCUCGUUGGAUCGUGAGUUAACACUGGGAAAAGAAUUGGAGGAUUGUAGAAACAAGUGCCAAGGUUUGUCUGCAGAGCUAGUACAGAAGGAAACGGAAUUGAAGAACCUUCUGGCAAUAAACGGCGGUCUUGAUCAUCAGAGCGAAGAGUACAGGACUAAGUGCACUGGGUUGGAAGAGCAUAUCAAGGGUUUAAUGGGAAAAGGGAUUCUGAUGUAUGAUAGGGAGAGGAGUUUACAAGAAAGAAUAUGUGUCUUGGAGGAGGUUAUUGAGAAGCUGGAAUCAAAGGAAAUAGAGAGGUGUGUUCAGCUCAAUACUGAGAACAGGAAUUUGGAGAAUGGGAACAGAAAAGCUGAAGAUGACAAGAUUGAUAGUUUGACAAAGAGGUUUACGGAGUUGGAGACGCGGCUUUUUUGAAAGUGGAAGAAGAGAAUUCAACAUUAAGAGGCUUGCGAAACGGAGUGACAUGUGAACAAACCUGCAGGGAAGCCGAUGGCGCAGUCUGUGUAGCUAAUGCGGUUCACCUGACUAGAACUGAAAUCAGCCUAAAUUCUACUCUUACACCUGCCAGUUGCAAACCUUCUUCCUCACUGCAAGUAAAUUCGAUGGUGCGCACGCCUCAGACUUAGAGCAUGUCAACAAUCAGUGCAAGUCUGUUGAAGGUGUCAAGGAUUACUUUGCAAGUGCAUCUGGACACCAAGUAGGUUUUGAGACACAAGGGGCACCAACUAUCCGCAAGUGCAGUGGGAUACCAUCAAGUGAAAAUCUAGCUUUGGACAGACAAGAAGAUGGUGCAAGGCCAUCAACUACAUCAUCUGUUGAGAUUGUCGAGAUCGACAGUGACGGAGAAAUCGUGGAUAUCAGCGACGAUGAGGAAGAUAAGUAAGGAGACUAACAUACUCAAGUCAACAGAAGAAGAAAAUCGCUUUUCACUUCGCUCUAAUGCUGACGACUCU